GAAUCAGCCGGGGACGGAGACAAGUUGCAUUUAUCUUGUGCAUGCAAGGCUGCAGCGUGUGUGUGUGUGUGUGGGAGUGUUAGUCCCCUCGGAUGAGCACACACGGCUGAGGAUGCAGCUGGGAGCAUGAGUUCUGACCGAGAGGAGUAUGACAUGGUCUGUCAGAAAGCUGUGACCCUAAUUGUUGACCUCUGCCUCCACAACAGCACACUGUUGGAUCAGGACACCUGUCAGGAUUUCCUCUUCCUAUUGUCCGGUCAGACCUCUGACCGCAAAGACCCGGACGCUACUUUUGGCCUCCUGCUCGGUGUGUUUGUGGUCUGUGGCCUGGCUCUGCUGGGCCUUCUUUCAUUUGUCUCCUGGAAGCUGUGCUGGGUUCCUUGGCGGACUAAGGCCCAUUUCCGCAGUCCCUCCCUCAGCCCGGCCCGUGGCCCUCAGGACUGCCCUCUCCAGCCGCCUCUCCCGCUGCCUAGUCCCCAGCAGUCGCCGGUCACCAUGGCUACAGAGAAGGUGAAGGACCCCCUGGGUUCGAUGGGUUUCCUGGAGGCGGCGGUGAAGAUAAGCCAUACUUCUCCAGACAUCCCCACUGAUGUGCAGCUCUCCAUGAGGGAGCACUUCCUACGUCGCACACAGCGCAUGCAGAGACAAACCACUGAGCCGGCUUCCUCCACUCGUGAGGAAUUCAACAGUGUCAGGCACAAUUCAUUCAAAAGACACCUGCCCCGGCAAAUGCAGGUGGGCAGUCUGGACCUGGGAAACGACUAUGUGGACAAGGAUGAAAAGCCCACCAGCAUCGGCCGCAUCCAACCAGAGCUCUACCAACAGAAGACCUUAGAUUCAGAGGAUUCAUCCAAGAACGGCAGCAGUAAAAACUGUGGCAGGAUUAACUUCUCUCUCAAGUACGACUACGAAAACGAGGCCCUCCUCGUCAACAUCCUCAAGGCAGUAGACCUUCCUGCCAAGGACUUAUGUGGCACAUCUGACCCUUACGUGAAGAUCUACCUGCUGCCUGACCGGAAGAAGUUCCAGACUCGCGUCCACCGGAAGACACUCAACCCCACAUUCAACGAGAGCUUCCAGUUUCCAGUGCCUUACGAUGAGCUGGCCGCCAGGAAGCUCCACAUGAGCGUCUUCGACUUUGACCGAUUUUCACGGCAUGAUAUGAUUGGGGAGGUGGUGCUGGAGAACUUGUUUGAGACGUCAGACCUGUCCAGGGAAACAAACAUAUGGAGGGACAUCGACUAUGCCACCAGUGAAAGUGUCGACCUUGGGGAGAUCAUGUUCUCACUAUGCUACCUGCCCACCGCAGGCAGACUCACACUUACUGUCAUCAAGUGUAGGAACCUCAAGGCCAUGGACAUCACUGGAUACUCAGAUCCCUACGUCAAAGUGUCACUCAUCUGUGACGGCAGACGUUUGAAAAAGAAGAAGACAAGCAUUAAAAAGAACACACUGAAUCCCACCUACAAUGAGGCCAUCAUCUUUGACAUCCCACCAGACAGCAUGGACCAUGUCAGCCUGCACAUCUCUGUCAUGGACUACGAUCUGGUAGGUCAUAAUGAGAUCAUUGGCGUGAUGAGGGUUGGAUGCAACGCCGAAGGGCUUGGCAGGGACCACUGGAACGAGAUGCUGGCUUAUCCACGGAAGCCCAUUGCACACUGGCACCCCCUGCUGGAGUCCAAGAAAUCUGAGAAGGAGUGGAAGGCGAGGACAGCCAGCUUUGACAGCCAGGGCUCCUGCCCCUCACCCCGGCCCCCCGCCAGCCCCUGAGCACAGCCACCUGUGACCCAGCAGCCCAGAAGGGGGUUUCCUCCCUCCUGCUGAUCCACAUCCCGUCUGUCUGAUUGAGGAGAAACACAACCCCACUCCCUCUCUGUCCCUCUCUCUGUCUGUCCCUCUCUUCCUCGAGUCCAGUCCCAGAGCACUCCCAAGAACUGAUCUAGGACUACCGCCAGUCAGUUAGUUGUGUGAAGCGCAGUCUUUUUGGGUUCAAAUUUAGGGUCCUCGGUUUGAAAUGUGGAUGUUGUGACGGCCCAGAGUCGGUUUUGUUGUUCUCAAGAGAAGAUUGGCUGGACAUCCAGUCUGCAGACAUUCAUUACUGAGCUGUCCGAGCUGAGGUGAACUGAUCUCGGUGUCCUCACAGGAGACUUUCCGAACACUGAAGAUUCAGAGACGCUUUGAUAGAAAAACUCUGUCGGAUAUCGCUCUCUGAAGGCAGCGGAAGUUUCACAGAUGGAAGCUGAAGGCGCCGCCGGGGUCGAAAAAGAGACGAUCUUAAAACGGAUCUGAAGCUAUUCUGAAACUAUACAGCUCUCUCCCAUUGAAUUUUACAGUGCUGUAUUAGCAUAAAACGAUACCGAACUGUAGCAUUGAGGAACAAUUAGGUACAAAACCGCUCCAUCAUUUGUUAUUGUUUGUGAUGCUCCAGCUGAGUUGACUCCUACUUCCAGUUUCAUCACUUAUAUAAGAAAUUAUCAGAUCUCCAGCUCAUUGAGGAGACGCUAAAUCAGGCUGAAACUAAUAAAUUCUCAUUUUGACAAUUUGCAGCUUUAGUGUGUCUUCAAAAGCAGCCAUUUUACAUAACAAAGAAGAACAAAAACAACAGGAUUAUUGUGCUUUACAAUCAGAGCAGGAUGGCUGCAGUUUUUUGUCAAUCUUUGUCAAUUUUUUUGGUUAAAUCACCUGAUAAAGGCACAAUUAACUGAUACAACUAUGUAAAAGUCAUCAGAAAAGAAAAGAGUUUUAAAAAGAAAACGAUAAUAGUCAUGUUUUGUCAAUAGCCUGCAAGGGUUUCUGUACACAGAGAAAAUGCGAGGACACUUUACACACCUUUACCUCUUUCUGUUCGAUGUUUGCUUCUGAGCAAUCUCACCCUUUCUUCCAAGCGAAAACUCAAACAAACACAAUGUUUUCCUCACAAGAAACACUUUUCAAAAGCACUUCUUUGUCUCCUAUUGUGCUGUUUUUUUUUCUUUUUUUUUUUUAAAUCUGAUUUUGGUGGAUGUGUAUAGCUUUAUGUAUAGGCGUCCUCUGGUUACUGUGUGUGUGUUUUGUUUUUCUAAACUAAAAACCAGAAAAGAUGUAAAGAUAGGAAUAUAUUUAAAAAAUUUGGAUUUAUGUAGCUUUGUUGGUGGUGAUGACUGAGAAAAACCUAAAUGAAAAAGAACAUAUUCUUCUUUUUAGAAACAUGCAACUUUCUUGAUGUUUAUUCUGUCACUAAUUAUACUGUUUACUUUGUGUAUAGAGAUAAUGUGUUUAUAUUCACAUUGUUUUAAUUUAAACCUCUCACCCCCAUUCUUCGGCCGCAGUUUUUGAGGAUAUUAGAUGUGACAAGAAAAGUUUUCUUUGUGUCUGAAUGAUUAAUUUAACAGGUCCCUGCUUAGUCAGAUAAAAGCUUAAGUCAGACAAAAGAUGCACAAGAUCACAAUUAAGGCCUUGAUUACUGUUCUAUAAACAAUUUGCCACUUGUUCAGGUGUAAAGCAGUGAUGCAGUCAUUUUUAUUCAAGAAUAUUACAUAAUGCGGUUCCAUAUUUGCUUUAUUUUCCUUGAGUUUCCCCUCCAAUGGUGGUUUUAUUUGCAGUAAAAUACAGGAGAAUUGAGAUGCAAGCGCACAAGGAGUAGAAAACAACUAAUUCAAAUUCAGACAACUUUAUUUGUCCCCAGGGGGCAAUUAAAAAGACAUUGUUUUUGUGCCACAAAACACAUGAAUCACAAAUGCAAUGCAUGAAAAUCUUCAUAAUCCAAUGAGAAAGCUUUAUUUCACCUCUAAGAGCAGCUAAACUUUCCAACAACCACCAGGCUAGUUUUAGCCACAUGCUAACAAAGCACAUUUUCAGAAACAUUGCAUUGCAGUUCUUCUAGCUGGUGAAGAACAAACAGCUCAUGCUAUUAAACUGUGCAUAUUUGUUGCCAUGUUUAUAUGAUACACAAAACUGUGUUGGUUCUGUGUUCCGCUUGUGUAAUGGGCAAACAGCAGGAAUUGCUCACGAUAUUUGCCUGUGCUAUAUUAGCAUAUUAAUGCUAAUGUAGCUUGUGUGACAGGAGCGCCUGCAUAUUUCUGCAUAUUCUGCAUAUUUGCUUUCAGCCUCUGAAAAUUGUCAUCUCUCAGCUAGCUUGAGCUAAAGUUGUGUCAUCCAAGGUAGUGUUAUCAUUGCUAUUAGCUCUAAUUUUCCCAUUGGAAUACAAUAUUUUAAGCUAACAUCAAAGUGCAGCACAUGAAAAGGCUUUGGGAGUGUGGAAUUAAAUCACUUUUACACUAUAGGUUUACUUGUUUUGCUCAGCAGGCAACCAGCAGAAAUUAAAUGUAUGCUAAUGUAACUUGCCCAAGUUAUAUUAGCAUAUUUAUGCCAAUAGCUAUAGCUUGUGUGACGGGUUUGUUCAGUUUUACUUUCAACCUCUGCAAUUUCUUAUGUUUCAUAGCUAACUCAAGCCAACUUUCUGUCAUCUGGCUUAUCUUUGCGAUUGGUUUCUCACAGAACGUUGGUAUAUUAGCAGUGCAGCAUGUGGAAAAACUUCAGUAAUGUGGGAUUAAAUCACCUCUGCACUGUAGUUUUAUUGAUUUCGACGAAGUAGUCAAAGGUUGCUGAUAAGUUUGGACAUUUUGUGGUUUUCUAGCUUCUCGUUGCAGGCUCAUCCUCAAUUAUUUGUCUACGAGAAAGCCAUGAAUGGAAAUUAAAGGUAAUGGUGGUUCCAUUUAGCUUCGCAACCAGAAAAAAAAAGACAAUUCAUCAUUUUCUUUCACGGUCCAGGUUUUUACCCCCCUGUAGCAGUAGUUUUGUUGCUGUAAUUGGAAAGCACAGAUACAAUCAGUACAUUCAGGCCAAGAAAUGUUAAGUCAUAGAGUAAAGUCUCAAGCAAGCGUAAGUUAUGGCAACUGGACUAACCUCGUGUGAGUCGAAAACGUUUCACCUCACCUGACUGCAGUCAGGUGACCCCCAACCACCCUCCUAGAAGGCUGGGAGGGGUAACGACCGCCCAUCAAAGGCUAACGACUCACAUUAACACAUUAACACCUAACGAGUCUAUUGGUUUCGGGUCUUUGUCCACUUGUUUUUGCCACCACCCUCCUGGUGGAUAAAUAUCUGGUACUCCCCACCAGGCUUUCAGAACUGAAGAAGCCUCUUGGAUGAGAGGUGAAACGUUUUCGACUCACACGAGGUUAGUCCAGUUGCCAUAACUUACGCUUGCUUGAGACUUAUCAUGACCUGGAUGACUGAGAACAUCCACAGAUUUAUUCAUAGAGUAAAUAUCAGGCAGAAAAGCUGCCAGGAAAGAUUUACAGGUUUUAUUUGGUGGUGCUUAAACAGAUAAUUUCUGUUCAAUAUGAGAACUAUUUGUUUAAUAAUAGUUUUGUAUAAUCUCAACAGUAACUUUAACCUGAUAUGUAACAAUGGUCUUGGCAUGGUGCGGACGAGUCUAGACAUCUGGGCAAGUAGAAGCACAGCUCAGCAGCGGACUGUUGCACAAUGAGAAGGCUAUAUAUCACAGAGUUUGUGAAAAUGUCAUAGAAAAACUGGGGCCAGACAUCAAGACAUGAGCAGAUGCAUUCAACAGACACAGCAAGGUCUGUUUCAGUCAUUUCCUUCCUGGGUAAGUUUACCUCAUGUGAGUGGUGUAGUACGUCGGUGUUCGUGCUGGAUGCUGAGAUAACACAGCGAGGGCAGCUGAAGGGCGGACAGGUCGGCAUCUACAGAGCAGCGGCAUUUCUCUAAUUGGCACUUGUUAUAGCGAGAAUGAGUCAGUGCGUUAUUGUUCGCGCUUGACGUAAUCUUUGACGGCAUCAACACCCCCCUCCACUAACAUGACAAUAUAAAAUUUGCUGUUAUUCACACAGUCGUUUAAAUGGUGAAAUUCCUCUCUAGACUAAUAACAUUAUUCAUAGCUUUGAUUUAAGUGUACAAUUUGAAACAAGUGUUUGGACAAUGAUGUAGUUUCUGUUGUGUUACAAAACGUGCUUUAUGAUGGUCAUAUAUUUCUCUGACAAUGUGCUGUGUUUUCAUAGUAGAAACCUGUUAAAUCAAUUGCCUCAGUUCAUGGACUGUUUCAAGACCUUCUGACUUUGCCUAAUAUUGUAAUGUUUCUUGAUAUGAUCUCGUAUCCCUUCCAACUGUUAUAAUAGCACUGAAUUUACAAUUUUUUAUUGAACAUUUUUGUAUUUGUAAUAAUAGAAAUGUUUGAGAAAAUGUUAGUUCAAACAUCUAUUAUGAUCUCCUUUUAGAUUCUAGAUCAUUAUCAAGAUUCAAAGUCUGAGUGACCCAGUGUGUAAUAAAGUAAACUGAACAACAUUCUUUUGUUUCAACAAGUCUGAAAAUCAACAUCGGAAAAUAACUUGGUUUUUCUCCCAUGGGACGUGAUGUGUUAUCAGUUCUGUGACAUGAUUUUCUUUCUUUGAUUAAAAGACUCAUGCAAAAUGCUCA